GGUCUGUGCCUGCCGUUUCCAGCGAGCCCAGAGCAGCUGAAGGAGAGUGCAGGCUGGAGACGAAGGAGGCGCGCCGGGGCCCCGCACAGCUCAGACAUGGCCGGGACGAGCUCCCACAACAUGUCGUGGGUCCGGUACCCGAGCCACGUCUCCACGGCAGUUGAAGACGUCAUCACUGCGCAGAGCAUCGUCUCUAGGUGCCUGUACGUCUACAUGGCCCUGUGUGUCCCGGUGAGCUUGGCGGCUGGGCUCUUCAACCUGACCACCUUCAUCAAGGGCCGCGCCAGGCGGGGGAGCCUGGACGCAUUCCUCUCAGACCUCACGGUCACCCACGUGCUGGUGACGCUGCUCUCCCUCACCACCAUCAGCCGGCCAGACUACAUGGUCACCACCAACCUGGGCUGUGCCGUCCUCUCCUUCCUGGCCAACGUCUGCUACUUCAACGGGCAGUACGUGCAGCUAGUGAUGCUCUUUGCGUUCCUGCUGCAGGGCUCCGCGCCCUGCCUGCGCACGGCCACCAAGGCGGCCCAGAGGCCCGUGGAGAGCCUGGCUGUCAUUGGGGGCUGCGCCUUCUGCAGCUCCCUGGGCCUGGCAGCCCUGCUAGGCACAGCUGGGGAGCUGUCCAGAAGCACCCUAUGCCAGGUGGACCCGCUGACCGCCUGGCCCGAGUAUGAAAUCGUCAAGGUCAGCCUGGGCUUCGGGCUGGCCCUGGUCCUGAAGCUGGUGUUCUUCAUCCUGCUCAUUGUCCAGCUGGCCUGGCGGGCGGCCCUCCCCCAGAGGGAUGCGGCCUCCGCUCCCCGAGUCGUGCUGGCCACGGCCCUGACCACGUUUGCCUGCCGCCUCCUCUACAACAUUGCACUCCUGCAACGGGCCCGGCUGAAGCUGCAGAGGGACAUCGGCUCCCCCAGGGAUGAGCUCCUCAUGAGCCUGGCAGAGCUGGUCCUGUUUGGGGAGAGCUGCGUGAAUUCCCUGGCCAUCCUCUUCCUCCACCGGCCUUGCAGGCUGGCACUGCUGAGCGUUUCGGAGCACCUCACCCUACGGUGCAGGAAAGGAGAGCCCAGUGACAGCUUCUCCUUAAAGAGAGUCGAGAGUUAAGGCAGGGCCCCGCCUGCAGCAGACGAGCAAGCCGGACAAGUGAGGGGGUCUUUCUGGCAGUGAGGGAACAGGACCAUCUGCUGAAUCUCCAGUCUGCAUGGUGAGCGCCAACAUGGGGUGACGGGAUGGCCUGGAAGGCACUGCCAAGUAACUGCCUGGCAUUCGGCUCUGCGUACGUGAACGCUCCACACCCUGGCUCAAACCAAACACUUGCAGCUGAAGGAAACCCUGCAAAUCAAGGGUGCAGUGACUGUGGGGGCCAAAGGUGGCCAGACACAGGCCUGACUGGGCGGAGAUAUCCUAAAUGCUGGUGGGCAAUUCCGUUAGCUUGUCUGCGAGCCGGCAUCCUUCUCUGCCCCUGCCCAGCCAGACGACAGAAUCUUGAAAAUAAAUACAUUAUUCAAAGAACUUUAGGGCCAUAUUAUAACCUGGCCCUAAAGGGUCGUUAACUGGAUAACCUUUAACACUGCCAGAAAGUCUGGACCACCUAAAUAUUGCUGAGAGCAAAGAAGCUUGGUUCUAUCUUUUUCUAAAUUUAUCAUCAUCACUGGAGGUCUGAGAAUAUCACCCACACGCUGACCAAGUGUCCCACGGCACUCCCCACUCCCUGUGACCUGGCAGGUGGUUGUUGCCCGUCGUAAGGGCUCUGGGUAGUCAGUGACAAGCUCUGUGUCCAAAGCCCCAUCUGCUCUGUUUGACAGCAUGUGCAGAAAGGCUGGACCAAACAUAAAAUACAAAGUUCAGUAGUUAAUCUUAAUCCAAAAUUUACUCUUAACCAGUCUUGCUAGAUUUACAUUAAGAUUUUCUUGGUUGAAUAGAGAAAGGAAGCGUGCAAGGGAAAGGUGUCUCUGGUUGUGGGAUCCUAUUCCUUUGACAGUUUCGGUUUCUCAUGAAAACUUGACUGUUCAGAGCAGUUUUAGGUUCACAAUAAAAUUAAACGGAAUUAGGAGAUUUCCGCCACGCCCUGCCCCCACACUGAUGUCCCCCCGGAUGAAGCGUCUGUCACAGCUGAUGGAUCUACAUCGACACAUCCACAGCUCACGUCUGGGCUCACUCCUGGUGGUGUACAUUCCAUGGUUCGGAUGGGUCUACACGGACACGUAUCCUCCAUUAUGGCAUCACAGAGUACCCACUGCCCGAAAAGCCCCUGUGCUCUGCCUCUGCAUCCCUGCCCUCCGCCCCUGGCACCCCCCCAUCUUUACUGUCCCCGCAGUCCUGCCUUUUCCGGAAUGCCCUAUGGCUGGAAUCCUAGUCCAGUGCCGGCUCACGCUGGCUUCUGUCACUUAGGAACACGUGUGUCGGGUUCCUCCAGGUCUUUGUAGCUUGUUUCUUUUUAGGACUGAAUAAUACUCUGCUGU